AUUAAUUCGUCGGACUAAGGUGCACAAGUACGCGUACGAUCAGAAGAGAAACACAUCGACAAAUAAGUUCAUACUUCCAUGGCUUCCUAUGGUGAGCUAACAAUAUCAUGUCUCACGGCCAUAGCUGUUGCUGGGGCGGCGUUGCUCGCCGGCGGCGCAGAGGCGCAAUGCCUGCACACCUGCGGCGGCAUAGACAUCCCUUACCCUUUUGGCAUCGGAUCUGACGGCGACUGUGCAUUGCCUUUUUACAAUAUCGACUGCAACAACAAAAAACCAUUCUACCGAGAUGUGGAGGUCCUCAGCAUCUCCCUCCAGCUUGGUCAGAUCAGGGUGAGCACCCCCAUAUCUUCUUCUUGCUACAACCCCUUCUCUAAGAGGAUGUACUCCAGCGGGUGGGGGUUCAACCUGUCAUACACACCUUUCAUGCUGUCGGACUCCAACAAGUUCACGGUCGUCGGGUGCCAGUCAUUGGCCUACAUUUCCGACCCAACCAGCAACUACACGAGCGGCUGCGCGUCCUCCUGCCCGGGUGGUAAAGUGGUGAGCGCCACCAACAGAACCUGCUCCAGGAUAGGAUGUUGCCAGAUAACCAUCCCCAGAGGCAUGGAAUUCUGCAAGGUGUCGUUCGGGGAGAGCAUGAACACAUCGGGAAUCUACGAACACACCCCCUGCAGCUAUGCAGCGAUAAUGGACUACUCGAAUUUCACUUUCUCAACCAGCAACUUGACUUCUCUGCUAGAGUUUAACAACACCUACAGUGGCCGAGCGCCGGUGAAGUUUGACUGGGCUAUCUGGGGUCCCCGAGACUGCGUGGAAGCGCAGAAAAAUCUCACAUCGUACGCGUGCAAAAGCGACCAUAGCGUGUGCCUCAAUUAUUCCAGUGGAGCAAAAUCAGCCUACAUGUGCAACUGCUCCAAAGGAUACCAUGGCAAUCCUUACCUUCAAGGCUCAAAUGGUUGUGAAGAUAUUAAUGAAUGUGAACAUCCUGAGAGUUACCCGUGCUAUGGAGAAUGCCACAAUAAAGACGGCGGAUUUGAUUGUUUCUGUCGUGAUGGUACACGAGGAAAUGCCACUAUUCCAGGAGGGUGCCAAAAAAACUUCUUAACGCGAAAGGCACGAGUUGCAAUUGGUGUUGUUGCCUGCAUAUUAUCUAUCCUCUUCGGUUUCCUUGGAUGGGAAGUGAUACGGCACAAAAGGAGCAUAAAAAGACAAGCUUUAUUAAGACAAAACGAUGAGUUUUUUCAACAGCACGGAGGACAGCUAUUGCUAGAAAUGAUGAAAGUAGAGGGCAAUGCAGGGUUUACACUCUACGGUAGACAAGAGAUUGAGACUGCCACAAAUAACUUCAACAAAGCGAACAUCAUUGGGGAAGGAGGGCAGGGAACUGUUUAUAGGGCGGUAUUGGGUGGAAUCGCCGUCGCAAUUAAAAUGUGCAAGGAGAUUGACGAGAACAGGAAGAUGGAAUUUGUGCAGGAACUGGUCAUACUUUGCCGUGUCAACCAUCCCAACAUUGUCAAGUUGCUCGGUUGUUGCCUGCAGUUUGAGGCACCCAUGCUUGUGUACGAGUUUGUGCAAAACAAAACACUGAAAGAGUUGUUGGAUCUCCAAAGGAGCACGAGGUUCCAUGUCACACUAGGAACCCGCCUAAGAAUUGCUGCGGAAUCUGCCGGGGCAUUUGCGCAUCUGCACUCAUUGUCGCACCCUAUACUCCAUGGUGAUGUGAAGCCGGCCAACAUCCUACUGGCUGAGGGAUUGGUCGCAAAGGUGUCGGACUUUGGCUGCUCAACAAUUGAUGAGAGUACUCCGGCUGUGCCAAAAGGCACGCCAGGGUAUAUUGAUCCAGACUACCUACUCGAGUAUCAACUCACAGCCAAGAAUGACGUAUAUAGCUUCGGUGUUAUUCUUCUUGAGCUUUUAACUGGUAAGAAGCCAUUCUCAAAAGAAAGGAAGAGCUUGACCUUGAUGUUUCAGGAGGCUAUGGUAAAUGGCACACUCCAGGACCUCCUUGACAGUGACAUAGUCGAUGAAGCUAGCAUGAGAGUAAUCCAUCGAGUUGCAGUGCUGGCAAGUCAGUGUUUGGUUGUUCCAGGUACAACGAGACCGUCAAUGGCUUUAGUGGUGGAGGAGCUCUGGCGGCUUGCGCUAGCAGAUGAAUUGCAGCGAUACCCGCAGCCACCACUGGUGCUUGAGGAGUUGAGCUUUCUGGAUACGGGAAGCACCAGUGGGAUUUACAGCCUUGAUAAUAAGGCCGUGUUAAGCACAACAUUCGCUAGAUGA